AUGGAGAAAAAGCUGAUUUGGAACAGUGUGAUAAAUUCUGAAAUACAAUCAAGUGAACUGAAACAACAAUGGCAAGAGAGGCUGUUAGGAACUUUUGAAAAAGAAAUAUCCUCACUUGGAACCUACAGAUGUAUUGAAGUACUCACAACAGGCAUGGAAUCUUGUAUAUCAGAGGGACUGAAAGAAAGACUAACCUCAUCAGGAUUUAAAUCAUUUGAAAAAUCAAUGAUGACACAAUCCAGUAAUGUACCAUUGACAAAACCGUUUGGGAAAAUGAUGUCACAGAUGUUAGAAAAUCAGUGGCCACACAAUGGGAAUGAUGACGAUAAAUUGAAGUUUGUUAGUACUUUCAAGCCACUAGUGCAGUAUUUUGAACGUUUUUAUGGAGACAAAUGUCAGUUGCUGUCUGAAACAUGUGUUGACAUCCUCUGUGAAGCCAGCUCUUUUCUCACUUUGACUGUGCACAGUGUGCUAGUUGGAACCAUUGCUGUUGGAAACCUCAAGAAAGUCUUGUUGCAGAAGGAAAAUAUCUUGAGGCUUGUGAUAGCAUCUGAAGCCAACUACACUGAUGCCUCAGCUAAAAAAACAGAUGUGAAUCAUUUAAGGAAUGUUCUUGAAGCUAGAACGAAAGAACUGGAUGCUUGUGAAGAGUAUCUGCACCAAACAGACUGUCUAAUGUCUUUUUGUGCACAUUUGAAUAAUGUGGACACUACACAUAUAUCAAGACGUGUGAGUGACAUUGGAAGUACUUUGGACCAACAGUUACUACAAAAUGUUUGUUUCCCCAUAGACUUUCAAAGUCAAGAUAUAUUUGAGUUUGCCAGCUAUCAGCCUUCAGUGAACAUAUUUGAUAUUCCUGAUGAACUUCUGAUCAUCAUUCCUCAGCUUAAAAAGCUGAUGCAAAGUGGAUUAUUCCUAGCAAUAUGGGAGCGUGAAGGAAAUAGUGAUGUACUCGAUGAUGGUUUAAAUUCAGUUCUUAUUGCUUGGACACGUGCUAAACAAAAGUGGGAUAAUCUGAGUAUGGACAUUAUAAAAGGCACAAUCUCAUUUAGUAAUAUUCAGAAGCAUCUUUACAUGUUCUCUUUGAAUUAUGAUCGAAUCAAACAUGAGUUUACUUUGAUGAAUGAUGAGAAAUCCAGUGAGUGGGUGGAUGAACGAAUACAGCAACUGAAAACCUUCUCCUUAGUUGAUAAGUGUCAGAAGGCUGCCAUUGAAAUUAUGCAGAUCCAGAAGCAGUUCGGUUUCAGUGGAGACUUUAAACCAAUUGAGGAAAUACUGAAUCUGACAAAAAGUGCAAAUGUGGCCAUGAAAGAAAUGGACCAGUCUGUUCUUGAAACCUGCAAGUUGUUGGAAAAUGUUUCUGACAAACAGAUUGAAAGCUUGGUGGCAUUCAGACAAAGCAAGCUGCUUGUUGACUGGUUAAGACAAUCCAUGAAAGCUGGAUUGAAAGAGUUGAAGGUGUUUGUGGAUCUGGCUUACAUUUCUGCCGGGGAAGGAGACCAUGAGAUCCAAAAGGUGAACUGUCUACAUGCUGCCACCACGGGAUAUGCUCCACUAGUGUUUGACUGCGACCAGCAGUGUGAUUACAACAUGUUUUUACAAAGUUGUCAAUCAGUAUGGAGAGAACUGAAGAGCAACCCAAAUCUACCAGAAAUGUUGCGGGACACAUGUCGAUUUUUGCAAUGGUUGAAGGAAGUGAGCCAGUCCCAUGGUUCUGUGGAGGUGACAUCAUUGUCUCAGGCUGGAAUGAUCAACUCCAAGGGUCUAUAUCGCAUUGGAAACUUAACCAGAGAACCAGCACCUCCCCACUUGGAUUUGAACAAUGUCAUCAGUCUACAUGUGAUGCCAGAUUGUGCUGAAAGUGAUGUCAAAGAUGUUGUCAGGAAAUACUCCUAUAAUCAGUUGGUGGAUCUUCAGAGUCGUCUCAUGUUGGUGGCAGGAAGAGCUGAAAAGGGGAAGGAAAAUGUUGACCUGUUUAUGAUGAUUUUAGAUGGCAUAGUGCGACUUUCCAGGACCUACAUCAAACUCAUCUCGGAUGGAUGUGUACUCUUCAACUGCUGGAAGGCAAAUUUCCUUUGUGAUGUUUCUCGUGAUGCAUGUAUCAUUUUAGAUUUUGGGGAAACCUCUGAAUCACUGAAAGGACACCGACUGAACCAUCGACUUGAAGAGUUCAUAAAUGCUUUGGCAAAUGUUUUUGAGGAUUGCCACAUGGAGUGGUUGAAGUAUUUAAGUAACAAACGUGACCAGUAUUUAGAGCUGAAUUUCUUCACAAUUAGCCAACUGGUAUUUCUACAGAAAGAGCUGAUCAAGAUUGGAACUGAUGUGAAGACAUCGGACUUGGUAUUUCCACUGCUGUCACUGAUCAAGCCAGAAUGUUCCAUGUCGGACAUACAGCAGGCCAUGCAAAGCGCUAAAGAUGAAAUAUUCCAGAUUGAGCAGACAGAAGAGUUGGCCUGUGAUGAAAGGGAAGAUACACCAAUGGAAAGACAAGAUACAGAGCAGUACUUUAUACAGGAAGUGAUGAAAGCUGGAUACACUGAAACAUUAGCACAAGCUGCUUUUAAACAUGUUGCAGAUGCUGAUAUAGAUGCAGCAAUUGUUUGGUGUUUGGAGCAUGAGGAAGAUGUAGAAUUCCAGUCUUCAGCAGUUGACCCAGUUGAGUUGACCUCAGAGCCUUCUGAAGAGCAGUUUUCCGGGUGGAACUCGGAAGAAAUUUCAUUUGCAUCAAGAGCUGCUUCAUUAGUGCGGAAUCUUCCAGAACAAUUAAAUGAAAGUCGUUAUCUUCUGCUUUUGACUGAGAACUAUGGUGCUCUUGGAAUACUGCAACAACUUCUAGGACAGCGCCGAGUGAUCACCAUAUUUGGAAGCAGUUUUCCUAAAGACCAGGAAUAUACACAGGUUUGCCGAAACAUUAACCGUAUCAAAGUGUGUAUGGAAACUGGAAACACUGUGAUUUUGCUCAACCUUGAAAACCUGUACGAGAGCCUGUAUGAUGCCUUAAAUCAGUACUAUGCUCGACUUGGUGGAGAACGUUUUGUUGACCUUGGCCUUGGAACACACCGCGUGAAGUGCCGAGUUCACCAGGACUUCAGACUGAUUGUUGUGGCAGAGAAGCAAAUUGUAUAUGAAAAGUUCCCGAUUCCGCUGAUAAAUCGGCUGGAGAAACAUUUCCUGAGACUAAACAACAUAAUGGAUGAUCACCAGUCCCAGUUUGCAGCUGAACUUGACCGCUGGGCAAAGCAGUUUGUCUCACCAUACAGAACAGGGUACAAUCCAGAACAAACCGUGAACAUUGCUGAUGCUUUCAUGGGCUACCAUCCAGACACUACUGCAGCCAUUGUUUUACAGGUUUGGGAAGAGAAAGGAGGCCAUGCUUAUGAUCAGUUCUUGGAAGAUUGUCAGAAGAUGCUCUUGUGGUGUGCUACACCAGAUUCUGUUGUGCGUCUCAAAGAUACCCAACUGUUCAUUGAAGAACAGAGAGUUUUUAACAUAUAUUUUAGAGAACAGCCUCAUGAUGACAUCUUCAAGUACAUGAUCUACAGACUUCAAAUCACCAGGAGUAUUGGUUUGUUUGCUCAGGUGACAACCCAUUCAAAGCUUUUGACUGACCAGGAGAAAGAAAAGAUCAUGACUUGCUUUGGCUUGACAGAGAACAACAUAAUUCUUCUUACUCUCCAGUCUUUUGACACAGAACAGCAAUUCUGUCAACAAAUUAGAAAUUUUGUUGAGAAGUCUGGCAGUGGAUUGAAAGUUAUGUUGAUACAGUGUGGGUCUGGAGACAAGAACAUGAGUUUGAUAAAGAGUGCCCAGUACUGUGUUGUGGAUGAACUGCCUCCUGAUGACCGGGAGUUUGCUGUGUUUUUCAUUGUCCAGCUGCCCAGAGUGGCUGGUGGAUGUUUUACAGGAUUUAUGGCUGGAAAGUGGCAUUCUCUGCACAUUGAUGAGUUACGACCUGAAGGAAACCUUCCGUCAGUCCAUCAGCUCCACAACAACACUCCUGCCAAUGUGCUGCAAGGUCGAGCUCCCCGUGAAGAACCCAGCAGAGUUACUCCGAAUGAUACACAAAUAGGACCAUUAAACAUGGACUCCCAUCUUGCCAGAGAAGUCCAGCAACAUGAGGAAAUGGAACUGACAGAAAAUACUGUUGAUCAAGAAAACAUGGCUACAGUUGAUUUGGACAAUAUUGUUCUUGAAGAGGUGCCUCAAGAGGAAGUAACUCCCAUGGAUGUUGAACAUCCUGACACAAGUCUGCCUGCUUACUUCCAGGAUCUGAUUCUAAGAUGUAUCCAGUCUGCUGCUGCUCUGGUCAAAGAUGACGUGCAGGAUUCGAAGAGGUCCACAAAAAGAAUUGAGAUUCUGCUUCAUUUUCUGGAAGACCCAAAUUAUGAAAGUGAAGAACUGUCAUUUUUGGUGGGUCUAAGCAACAUGAUAAUCAGAUUGCAGGAAGAAAAAGAAGUUGAAGUAAGUGGACAUAUGGCUGCUGGUUGGCUUUCCAAGGAAGCUGCUAAGCCAGAUAAUGUGAAAAAAGCUGGAACAUUCAGACGAUCCUGGCUACAGUGUCUUGAGAACAAGAUAGUUACAGUCUUAGCUGGAGUGGUGGCCUUCCUUGACAUGAACAGGAAUUUGGACAUUAUAAGAGACCAGCUGAAUGAUCACUGGGCUCACAUUCUGUGGUUGAGGAUUCUGCACAGUCCUUCUGCAUGUCAGCUCCACUACAAAGACUUGCUGUCUCCAGAAACCCACCAGGAGCUGGGUGAGAUAAUUCCAUACAACACCGGAGUACACGGAAUGCCUUUCACAGCAGAGCUGCCCUUCUCGUGGUUACUCCAACAGCUUAUUGAAAGUGCUCUCGCUAAUGCUGAAAAUAGUCGUCUCCAAGAAACUGAAGAGAUCAGUGUGGAACAUGCCAAGCUAGACUUAGUAGGUCGUAUCAUUCUUGAUACUCCAUAUGGCAAUCUCUUGAAUGCGGUGUCUGCAGAAAGGGGAAGUAACCAGAGAGAGAUUAUCAUGGCCUAUGUGAAAGAUUUUGUCCACACAAAAUAUCCUUGCUCCAGUCCAGAUAAACAUCAGAUUUUGUGUGAAGCCUUGGAAAUCUCAUCCAGACAAGUGAGGAUGGACAUAUCAAGUUUGGACUUGAUGCCAGCACUGGUUGCAGUACAUUGCACUCACUCUCUUGUGAUGGGCAGACUACAGGCCUUCCAGGACAUUGAGCAGGUCUGGCCACAAGUGCUGGAUGCUGUGUGUCAGAUGAGGGAACAAGGAGGACAUGCUCUAAUUAACACUGAAGAACUGACACUGGAUGUUUUGGGCCUACUUCUGCUUCUGGAGCAGCUUGAACCACAGAAGGAACAACUGAAUAAGGAAAAGGGAAGAGCAGAAUGGCUGGAAAUGGUCAAAACCUUUUCACCAGUCAUUCAAAGAAUUUUUGACAGCAUUGACAACAUGGCCCUUGGUCUUGGAUCUGUGUGUCUUGGACACAUGAUAAGAGCGAGAUGUUUGUGGACAAGAGUGAUAACUAUGAAGCUGUUUUUGGAGAGUUUCUCAGCCAAGGGAUCUAAGGAGAAUAAGAAAGUCUCUGAAAACCUGGUUGCACGAUGCAUGCCUCUUUGGCAGCUGCUGGGAGAAAAGGCUGACUUGAAGAAAAUCCAGUCGUUAGAAAACAUUGAAAAAUUCCUUAAAACUGUUAACAGGGUUGUUCUCCAGAAAUUGUCAGAAAAACUAGGAUCAUGUUCUUAUUGUACAAGUGCAUUUGAAGCUCCUCCAGUUGUGUUGCCAUGCAGGGACAAAAUUUGUCAGAAAUGUUACAAUGACUUACUUGCCCUUGAUGAUCGACAUUGUCCCAAGUGUCACAUAGAUAUACCAGCCAACUUUAACAAGAAUUCAGCAUCAGCACAGAAAGAUAUAUCAGCCGAACAUCAAUGUUACCAACGAUGCUUUAACACCUUCCUCAUGGCAGUUGUUUCAAAUCUCUGCUUUGGAGGAGACACAGCUCCUGAGGAUGAUGUCAUUGAAAGGAUCCUGACUUACAUCACAAGGAAGACGUCAUCACAAGGAUUCAGUGCCUCAGAAAGACUACAGACAAAACAGAUGACAGUGUUUGAUGAUCUGGUUGAUCCCACUCCAGUGGUGAGAUCGUUUCUCCUGAAGCUGCUCAUUCACAAGAGCGAUGAACAUGUCCAGCAACACCUUGAUGAAUUUCUCCAACGAGCUAAGAAUCUUUUCCAUCAACAGGCUCAACAUAAUUCUGGAAUUCUGCAGUUCAGUGUUAUGGUUAUUCAGUGCCUUGAGGAUAAGCUUCAUGAAACUGCAGCUAUGGAAGAUUUUGACAAUGAGAUGAAGAUGGCAACUAAAUCUCUCAGUAUUGCAGUUCAAUACAUUGGGAGUGCAAAUAUUGACAUGGACAAAAUGCAUGACAUUGCACAUGCAAGAUUUGGUUUGAUGACUGCUGCCAAGUAUCUUCACAUGGUUGUAACUGAAGAAGCACUUAUACCAUCAUCGGUGUUCAUGAGUAUGCUCAGACAGGUCAAAGACUUGAUUGAAAUUGAAAACUUUGAUUGGCCAAAGAAGUUUUUCCUGAAGCAACUGUGCAGGGAAUUUGGAACGGACAGUUACCACAGAAUCUGUCAGUGGGGUAAAACACCAUGGCUUGCUUUAGAGGAUCCAACUGAUAAAGUGAAGGAAUGUCCAGACAGAUAUGUGGUUUGUUCUUUACACUAUCAGAAGAUUCGCAACAUGGUGGCUAAAACACUUCUCGGGGAAGAUGUGACUCACCUGGAAUCCAUCAUGACUGUUAGUAUACAUGAACUACAUUAA